AUGGUGCAGGAACUAUGGGAGUUAUUUCAGCUGGAUGAUGAUUUGCCCGAGCUUCAGUCUGAUAUGGAGGCGUCUUCUGACCAUUUGUUCUUGGCAAUUUCAAAGGCUGCUAUUAAUGGCAUCUCUGCUACUCGCAUAGUUCGAUUCUCUGGCUCCAUUCAGCACAUUCCAGUUUCUAUAUUGGUGGAUUCGGGCAGUUCAAUAUCCUUUAUCAGUUGUCAGUUGGCGGCUCAGCUUUCGGGUGUUCAGAAGUUACAGGCCCCUGUACCUGUACAAGUUGCUGGUGGCAAUACCCUCUCUUGCACCUCUGUUCUAGCCCAGGCUCAAUGGUUCAUUGGAGAGGUUUCGUUUCAGUUCGAUCUCAAGGUGCUCCCACUAACUGCUUACGACAUCAUCAUCUGUAUGGACUGGCUUGAGGCAUUUAGUCCAAUGACUGUACAUUGGCAGCAAAAAUGGAUGCAAAUUUCUUAUGAAGGCCAGUCAGUUCUUCUGCAAGGGGAACUUCCCGUACAGCUUGACAACCUGUUGAUCCAAGUCUGUGUUCUGACCGAUUCAGUGGUGCAGCAGUCUGAGUUGUCCUUGUUGCCACUUGAUAUCCGGCUUCUUGUUGAUCAAUUUGGUGAGUUGUUUGAGGAACCCAGUGAGUUGCCCCCAUCUAGAGCCUGCGACCAUGACAUACCUCUGAUUCCAGGAGCUCGGCCAGUGAACAUUCGCCCCUAUCGCUACCCACCUGCGCUACGCGAUGAAAUUGAGAAACAAGUCGCUGAUAUGCUGCAGAAAGGAUUGAUGCAGCCAAGCUCCAGUUCGUUUUCCUCCCCUAUCCUCCUUGUCAAGAAGAAAGACGGCUCUUAUCGAUUCUGUGUAGACUUUCGGCACCUUAAUGCUCUCACUAUGAAGUCUAAGUUUCCAGUUUCGGUCUUUGAUCAGCUAAUGGAUGAGCUGGCUUCUGCCUCCUGGUUCUCUAACUUCGAUCUGUGGGCUGGUUUUCACCAGAUUCUACUCAAGCCAGGGGAAGAGUUCAAAACGGCGUUUCAGACCCAUUUUGGCCAGUUUGAGUUUCGAGUCAUGGCUUUCGGUUUGACAGGAGCCCCGGGGUCGUUUCAAGGUGCCAUGAACGCCAUUUUGGCUCCUGGGCUGCGCAAAUUCGUCAUUGUCUUCUUCGAUGAUAUAUUGGUUUACAACCGCUCCUAUGAAGAACAUCUGGACCACAUCCGUCAAGUGUUUGAGUGGCUGUCUCGUGAUCAGUGGGAGCUAAAAUUCUCCAAAUGCAAGUUUGCUCAAAGGUCUAUCUCUUACUUGGGCCACAUCAUUAGUGAACAAGGUGUUGCAACCGACCCCGCCAAGGUUGAGGCUGUUCUCAGUUGGCCUACCCCCUCCUCUGUCAAGGAAUUAUGCAGCUUCCUCGGCCUCGCUGGUUAUUAUCGAAAAUUUGUCAGGCAUUUCGGCAUUCUUGCGCGGCCCUUUACUAAUCUGCUGAAGAAGAAUACCAUGUUUGUGUGGACUGCUGAGCAUGAUGAAGCAUUUUCAGCACUUAAGACGGCCCUGUCCUCAGCUCCGGUAUUGGCGCUACCAGAUUUCUCUGUCCCUUUUGCCAUUGAGACAGACGCCUGUGCUAAUGGGGCUAAACCUGAUCGUGCCCGCUACCCAGGUCUUCUCCAACCCCUGCCAGUGCUGUCCUCAGCUUGGGAGAUGGUGUCACUUGACUUCGUGGAAGGUCUUCCUCGCUUAGGGAAUUCAGACACUAUCCUGGUGGUUGUCGACAAAUAUUCCAAGUUUGCUCACUUCAUCCCACUGCGCCAUCCAUUUACAGCCCUCUCGGUUGCCAAGGCCUUCUUGGACCAUGUGUACAAGCUGCACGGGUUGCCGUCCUCGCUGGUUUCCGAUCGUGACCGAGUGUUCACUAGUAAUCUAUGGAAAGAGUUGUUUGCAUUGGCUGGAGCUCAGCUGCAGAUGAGCUCCGCGUAUCACCUGCAAAUGGAUGGGCAGACAGAGCGCGUGAACCAAUGCAUGGAGACGUACAUGCGGUGCUUCGUCCACGCCUGCCCGACCAAGUGGUCUUCCUGGCUUUCGCUCGCGGAAUUCUGGUACAACACGAGUUCUCACUCUACCUUGGGGCGCUCUCCCUUUGAAGUCUUAUAUGGGCAUUCUCCUCAUCACUUUGGCAUCGUGUCGGCGUUGGCAUGCUCUGCUUCUGAUUUGUCUGAUUGGCUCCAUGAGCGCGAGAUUAUGCAUAAUCUGGUCCGUGAGCACCUUAUCCGAGCCCAAGAUCGCAUGAAGAGACAAGCAGAUAAAGGUCGCUCCGAGCGAGUGUUCCAGGUGGGUGACCGUGUAUACUUGAAGCUUCAGCCCUACGUGCAGUCUUCCUUGGCCCCUCGCGCCAACCAGAAGCUGUCUUUUAAGUUCUUCGGUCCAUACAGUGUGGUGGAGCGGAUUGGGUGA